UAAGAUGCACAGUGAGCUUGUCUAAUGCCUAACAUGUACCAGGACCAUGUAUAAUGUCAAAGAUGCACAAAGAGCAUGUUUAAUGUCUAACAUGCACCACUACCAUGUCCUAUGUCUAAGAUGCCGAACGAGCCUGUCUAAUUUCUAAGAUGUACCACUACCAUGUCUAAGCCUAAAAUGUAGUACGGGUUUGUCUAACAUCUAGUUAAACUAACUUGACUGAGUGGGGCAAAAUAUGGAGCUAUGAUUGUUCCUUGCUCGUAUAGCCGUCUUUUUACAGUUCUACGAGUGUUCCUAGUUGGUUUUACCUUGUCUUUACGGGCUAAUUAUGGAGCGAUGAGAAUAGCAGACUUGUUUAAAAGACCGUCUGCGGGGCUUAUGAUGGAGCUAUGAGCGUUUGUGGAUUGUUAAACAGUAUCUCUGUUCAACUCAUUAUACUGAUAACAUUUAGAAUAAAGAGCGUUUAAGAUUGGUUCAUAGAGCUUUCAGUGUUUUGACUCGAUUUUUUCUUCUCUCAUUGAGCCUAUUUUGGAGCUAUGAGCAUUCCAGGCUACCUUAGCCGUCUUCUAUCGUCCCCUUUAUUGACAUAUGCGUGGUUUAAUCAUGUCUUUGUAGGGCUCAUUACGGGUCAAUAAAUGGUCCAGGAUUUUUAACUGUCUCUCACAGGGACCCAUUAUUCUGUCGGGCCCAUUAUGGAGCUAUUGGCGUCCCUGGCUUGUUUACCUCUGUCUUCUGGGUCCAUUAUUGAUGUAUGAGUAUUCCUGGCUUGUUUAACUGUCUUCUGGUGAGUCUCUCGUGGAGCUACGAGUAUUCUGGUCUUGUUGAAUGCUCAAGGCUGGUAUGCCGUAACCGUCUCCUGUUUCCCACUAUGGAGCUAAGAUUUUUACAGGCUGGUUUAACCCUCAGUUUAUUGAUCCAUAAUGGGGUUAUGAUCGUGCAUGCUGAUCUAUCCGUCUCAGGUUGAGCACAUGAUGGAGAUAUGAGCGUUCCUGGCUGGUUUGACUGACUAUCUAUGGGCCCAUUAAAGAGCAAUAAGUGUUUCUGGCUGGUCUAACCGUCACCUAUGGAAAUACGAGCGUUCUGGUUGGUGUUGCCUAGAUGACCUUUCUCCUCUGGGACCCUUAAUAAGCUAUUAGUUUUCUUGGCACUCAUGCAGCUACCAUAAUAUUUCAUAUUAUUAUUCCAUUUCGUUUCAAUCAAAUCCUAACACCUAAUGAUGUAAAUACAUCGUAUUAAAAGGUCACAUACGUUCAAAUGAUUCUUAUAAAACAUUGUGUCCAAUAAAACAGCGUUUUGCACAACGUAUGGAAGACCUUGAACUGUAUUUGAAAUGUUGAUGUAUGUUUUCCAACUCUGGAAUAAAUCCGGCCCAUUUCAAUUUAAGAUGGAUACCAAAAAUUAAACGUACACUAGACGCUUAUAAAGCUAAAGUACAGUACCCAAAUAAAUGUGGUAUGGUGUCAACUAAACAUGGUGUCUUAUGCAAGGUCAUCAGAUUAAGUCAGCGGCCAGCAUGGAUGUUUCGGGUUUGAGAAACCUUUAUCAUAUGCGAUACACUUGAAAUGUGAACGUGGAAUAUUGAUAUGCAUGCUGGGACAACUUGGAUCGCUGUGCUAUAAAAACAAAUUCAGGUUACAACCUGGACACGUGACAUUGACAACAGCAACAUCACACAGUAAUAGCUAAGCACAGAUUAUUGCUAUUGGAUGCACAGGAGCCCACUAAGCUUCGCGCAGGAUAAUCCGGAAGGUCAGCAUUGAACGCGGGAGUGCACAGCAGGUAUAGACCGGACAUUAUAAGACUACUACCAUGACUGUUGAAGAUCUUGAGACAGGUCUGAGAGAGCAAUGUGCAUACUGCAAAGCAAGGUGCAACAGUGCCCUGAGCCCGAAUCGUGCCGUCACCAUCUGCACAUGCAUUGUGACGCUUGUAGCGGUGGCGGUGGUGGGUGCUCUCCUCCUCCGAACGGGCUCUGAUAUCCGGCAGUGUACAACACUGAUAAACAGAAUGCAACACGAUUUACGAAAGGCGCAAUUCAAAAUAAGAAGUCUUGAGACUGGCUUAAAAAAUGUUCAGAUUAAAAGUACUUUAAACGAUCUCAAACAUAAAAUAGUAUCAGAAAGUGACCGUAGUUACAUGUUACUCAAUGAGCUGAUCGUUGCAAUAAACGACGAUGGUGAAAGUGAAAGUGCGGAAGCAAGCGAUAAAGAAUACGAUAAUCUUGCAGUGCCGUCUAGUAUAUCCGUGAAGAGUCCAAAGAAUAACGACUCGUCGGGUCGUAUGAGAGAACCUUUCUUUGCUGAAAAGACUGGGUACGACGAUUCAAAAGAUUUCCUGAAGCGCUUAUUAUUACGCCAAAAGCGAUCUGAUGCAGUGUCCAGUGCAAGAAACCCACAGGCGAAACGACCAAAGGUAACCAAAACCCAGGGUGACAAGGGAAAGAAGAAAGGAAAAAACAAGAAACAGAUGCGGCUGCCAGCUAUACAGUUAGUGGGUGGGGGUCCAGUCAGCCCCAGACAAGACAAAACAGAUCUGAACGGGCUCUGGCUUCCGGACUGGGUGAACCCAGACUUGGCGAGCUCAGGCGUUUUCAAGAAACCCUAUCAGGCCAACUUCGAUGGGGGGAUUCAUAUCGCCAAGAGUGGAGUCUACCUCAUGUAUGCCCAGAUUACGCUCACUCACCAGAACAAGAUAGGUUAUCAUGUGUUGAGAGGCACCCAGGACCAGCGGGAAAUCCUCACCACGUGCACGCACAUCACCAGCUAUAUCCGGCCCAGCAGUGAGACCACCGACGACAGGCCGGAUCCUGCGUCAUGCACCACCAUCAAAAUAGUCAAGCUUUACGAGAAUGAUAAAGUUUUUAUUGAAGAGAUCCCAUCAAAUACUGCAGCCAAUUAUUCCAAGACAACUAGCUUCUUUGGAUUAAUAAAAAUUGACGACAUCCAAUGAACUAAAUAAAAGAAACACCAUUUUAUUCCUGGGUACACCUGAGCACAAUGGUUUUGCGGGACACAAUUCUGUUAGUUUAUUGACGUCUAUUCUUUCAAAUGGCAUUCAUACAACAUGACUAUAGAGGCUUGGAAAGUUGGAAACGUUGCUUUGGUUGCAAGUUUUGAUUUGUUGUAUGUGAAACAUGUUCAUCCACGUAUGCGUUCAGUGUUUGCUAGCUUCGUGUUUGCAAUCGUGAUACAUCGACUGUCUUCGCAAUCCUCGAAAUUACGCAAUAAAUCGUUUGCUGAUUCAGAGUGCCGUGUUUGAUGAAUUCGGUUUGUCGUUAUACGCUGUAUCGUCUGGACUAGCUGUACAGUGACCACUUGUAGACGACAGUUUGAAGACAGGCAAAACUGUAGUAGAGGGCGGAAUCUGUUAAACGCGUGUCCAUUUUCAGUACAAUUGGAAGGUGUGUUUUGUUAUUUUUUAAGCAUAUGCUAACCCAUGUAUACAUAAAGUAGUACGUUUUUCAUUAUUAUUUUAUCAAUGUCUCUCUCUUGGUCUUUGGAGAAAUAUAGGUGUUACAGGUAUAAUAUUUAGGCUAUUAGCAACAUUUUUAAAUUGGUGAUUAUGUUUGCCAUUCUGCAUAAUAAUAUUAUUUAUAUACGCUUAUGUGUGUAUAAGUUGUUUGAGAUGAGUAUCGAUCGCAUUUAAAGGGGCCUUUUUAAGUUUUGGUAAAGUAACACAAUUAAAAAAUAUAUUUUUCAGAUUAUCACAUUUUCCGUGCAGAUAUGAUAUUUGUGAGGAAACAGUUAUACUGAACAUUUACCGUGCUCUAAAAUAUCCAUUUUAUUUUUUUUUAAUAAUUAUAUUUAUCAAUAUAAAUCAUUUAAUGUAAAACUUCAGUACAUGCCAAAAUCUGUAAAAAGGUCCCUUUAACAAACUUAAAAGACAAGCUAGGGGAUGUUAUCUUUGGUAUGUAAAGCUGUUGUUAACUUUUGAUCUCAUGUUGCGUAGGGUUUUAUUAAUACAUUAAUGUACAUAUAUGCCGGUUUAUUAUUUCUUAUCAUUAUGUUCAUUGAAAUCUAAGCAUUCACAUGCUCGACCAUAUAUAAGCUGCAGUAGUUUUGAAAAUGCGUAAUCUUUGGUAUUUACCUUUCAUGUGCAUGUGUAUUACUAUGUCUGUGUCAUUGUUUGCCAAUAUUGACAAUGUGCAAUAUUAAAAGAUUUUGUUUUGUA